GUAAACAAAGGAUCCUUCAGCAAAAAUCUCCUCAGCAUCCCAGAGUUAAAGAUGAACAGAGCAGCUACUCUGACCAUCCUUAUCCUGCUUCUGUGUGCCAUUACUGCACAGGGCAUUCCGAUCCCAGGAAUCCAGGGACGCUGUAAAUGUAUCUGGACUACCUCCAGGCCUAUUGACCCAAGGAUUAUGCAAAGUAUGAAAUAUAUUCCCAGAGGAUCUCAUUGCGUGACGACAGAGAUAAUUGUCACCCUGAAAAAUGGCAAGAAAUUAUGCGUGAAUCCUACAGCCCAAUGGGUGAAGAUCAUCAUUAAAGCCAAGAAAGCUGCCAGACUGCGCAACUGAGUAAGAGACCCUGAUUGGAUGGACUUGAUUCCACAUCCAGAUCACCUGAAA